AUGCUUGUUCGUAAGCUCAGGCAUCCAUCAAAUUUUUUACUGGUAUCAUUGGCAAUUGCUGACUUUUGUGUUGGCCUAAUUGUUAUGCCACUGGGGCUGAUCGAACUUGUAACAAAAAAAUGGAUACUUGGAUCUGUCUUAUGCCGUCUAUGGACAUCUGCUGAUUUGACGUUAUGCACAGCGUCCAUAAUCAACUUGUGCAUGAUUAGCGUUGAUCGCUAUUUUGCAGUCAGUCGGCCACUCCGUUAUUCAGCCCAACGGACGCUGAAGCGGAUUCUUGUCUACGUGGCUAUCGUAUGGAUAGCUGCACUGAUCGUCAGUGUCAGUCCGCUGAUUGUUUUUCCUGCAAAAAAUGAGGAAGGGCUUUGUCAGGUCUAG